AUGAACGUCGAUGAUGUCGAGGACCGAGAUGGCGUCCGCCUCUCCUGGAACGUCUGGCCCUCUUCCAAAAUCGAAGCAACCAGGACCGUGGUCCCUAUCAGCGCCCUCUACACGCCUCUCAAGGAGCGCGAGGAUCUGCCUCCUGUUCUCUACGAACCCGUCACCUGCAAACCUCCCUGCCGAGCUGUACUCAACCCCUACUGCCAAAUCGAUGUCCGCGGGAAGCUCUGGAUCUGCCCCUUCUGUCUCUCCCGAAACGCUUUUCCCCCGCACUACAAGGACAUCAGCAGCACCAACCUUCCCGCCGAACUUCUGCCCAAGUACACCACCAUCGAGUAUACCCUCAGCCGUCCCGCACAGAUCCCACCCGUCUUCCUCUACGUCGUCGACACCUGCAUGGACGAUGACGAUCUCAAGGCAUUGCGCGAGGCGCUCGUCGUCAGCUUGAGCUUGCUUCCUCCCAACGCCCUCGUCGGUCUCAUCACCUACGGAACCAUGGCUCAGGUACACGAGCUCGGCUACGACGCCUGCCCCAAGAGUUACGUCUUCCGUGGAACAAAGGAGUACGCGCCCAAGGCCAUCCAAGACAUGCUUGGCCUCAACGCCGGCGCUCGUCCCAUGGGCCCUGGCGCUCCCGGCGCCCCCGGUGGCCCCUCUCAGGCUCCUCGUCCACCCAACGCCACUGCACAGAUGGGUGCCUCGCGCUUCCUCCUGCCCGUCUCGCAAUGCGAGUUCCAGUUGACCCAGAUCCUCGAACAGCUCCAGAAGGACCCUUGGCCCGUCGCCAACGACAAGCGAAGCCAGCGCUGCACCGGUGUCGCCCUCAGCGUCGCCGUCGGCAUGCUCGAGACCACCUUCCCCAACACCGGCGCCCGCGUCAUGCUCUUCUGCGGUGGUCCUGCCACAGAAGGCCCCGGUAUGGUCGUCUCCACCGAGCUCCGCGAACGCAUCCGCUCCCACCACGACAUUGACAAAGAUAACGCAAAGUACUACAAGCGCGCCAUCAAAUUCUACGAGGCCAUGGCGAAACGCGCUGCAGGCAACGGACACACCAUCGACGUCUUUGCCGGCUGUCUCGACCAGGUCGGUCUGCUCGAGAUGAAGGGCCUCGCCAACCUCACCAACGGCCACAUGAUCCUCUCCGAUAGUUUCCAGAUGGGCAUCUUCAAGCAGAGUUUCCACCGCAUCUUCCAGAAGGACGACCAAGGUCACCUCCAGAUGGGCUUCAACGCAACCCUCGACGUACAGUGCACCAAGGAGCUCAAGGUGUCGGGUCUCAUCGGCCACGCCGUCUCUGCCAACAAGAAGUCGGGUUGCGUCGGAGAAACCGAGAUCGGCAUCGGCCAGACUUCGGCGUGGAAGCUGUGCUCGCUCACUCCUCGCACCUCGACCGGCAUCUACUUCGAAGUGGUUACGCCGCCAGGACAGCCCAUGCAGCCUGGCUCGCGAGGUCUCAUCCAGUUCGUCACGCACUACCAGCACGCCUCGGGUCAGUUCCGUCUCCGUGUCACCACCAUCGCCCGCAACUUUGCCGAGGGUGGCUCCGGUCAGAUCGCCGCCUCGUUCGAUCAGGAGGCUGCCGCCGUGUUGAUGGCGCGGAUCGCCGUGUUCAAGGCCGAGAUCGACGACAGCCCCGACGUGCUCCGAUGGCUUGACCGCAUGCUAAUCCGCCUCUGCCAGAAGUUCGCCGACUAUCGCAAGGACGACCCCACCUCGUUCCGCCUGGGCGAAAACUUCAGCAUUUACCCGCAGUUCAUGUUCCACCUUCGCCGAUCGCAGUUCUUGCAGGUGUUCAACAACUCGCCCGACGAGACCGCCUUCUACCGCCACGUGCUCAACACGGAGGACGUCAACAACUCGUUGAUCAUGAUCCAGCCCACGCUCAUGUCGUACGGAUUCGAAGGACCACCGCAACCCGUGUUGCUCGACUCGGUGUCGAUCCGACCGGAUGUGGUGCUGCUGCUCGACACCUUCUUCCACAUCCUCAUAUUCCACGGAGAGACGGUUGCGCAGUGGAGGAAGGCCGGAUACCAGGAUCAAGAGGGGUACGAGAAUUUCAAGGAGGUGCUCGAGAAUCCCAGGGCGGACGCACAGGAUCUGUUGGGGGAUCGCUUCCCUAUUCCGCGAUACAUUGUUUGCGACCAGAACGGUUCGCAGGCGAGGUUCUUGUUGAGCAAGCUCAACCCCUCGACAACGCACAUGAGCGGAGGCAUGUAUGGAUCCCAGGGUGGCAGUGGUGCUGCCAUCUUCACGGACGACGUUUCGCUGCAGGUGUUCAUGGAGCACCUCAAGCGGUUGGCUGUGGGCGCUUCGUCCAACUAG